AUAAGGAGAGACAACGCUUUUUUCUACUUCCCUCUUUCUCCCGCACGUUGAGAGCCCGUCAGGCGUGAAUUCUGUAGUCCCGGAUUCCCUUUUGAUCAAAUCUGGCUUGGUGCCUCGACUGUCGCAAGUCUCACGUCACGUUUGCCGACGGCCAUUGUCGUAUCGAUCAUCCUCCGUCUUGCUGGUAUUCUUCUUACGACUUCGCCGAGGGAAAUCUACAGCUCGAAUCGCCAUGGCCUUGCUCCGCGCCUCCCUACUGCCACUGGCACUUCUGCAGGCUGUUCUGGCUGCUCCAGCCGACCCUGCCCACCCCAUGAUCACGCAUGCGCCUACGCCCGUGAAGCGAUCCCCAGAUAUCACUGAUGACAUCGGCAGCUAUGUCAACAGCGUCAUUGGAGGGCUCGGAAGCGGCGUAUCCUCCUUCGUCGCAUCCGGUAUCCCCCAGUACUUUCAGGGCUUCCCGACCGGCACACAGGUACUUCAAUCUCUCGGUAUCAACGACGGCGACCUUGCUGCACAACCCACUCAGGUCUUGAACAUUCCGGCUUACGGUAACUGGACCGACGAGGGCUGGAACGUCCGCGUUCACGGUAACGUUUUCAAGCAGCCCAACAUUAGCCAGUCCAAGGUCGACGACUUAGCCAAUGUCUUCCUCAUCGACGUCGACGUUGCAGAUUUGCCCGCCGACCAACAAGCCCAGGCACGCAAUGUGACCAAAUCCAUUUUCGUCGUUCAACAAGAUGAGCAGAACGUUACCAUGAACUUCGUCAACGAUGUUUCGGUACGGCCUGGUGCAAGCGGAGGAGCCAUCAAUGCGCGUGGUGGAGCCCAGACAAUCAACAUGCCUUACUUGACCACAGAUCAGGGCGACUUCGACGCGUUUGUAAAGCUGAGAAACACAACGGGGUCAAACGGGGGGCACUUGCUGCCGGGAAACGCCACGGAAUCGAUCCAAACCCUCAACAUGUACGCGAACGGCACUAAGACGGGCAACGCGACCGCAUACCUCGUGCCUCCGCAAGGCCUGACGAUCUUGUCCGACAUCGACGACAUCCUGCGUGUGACGAAGAUCUACAUACCCAAGGAAGGUCUUCUCAACUCCUUCGCUCGUCCGUUCACGCCGUGGAUGAAUAUGCCCGAGAUUUACGCCAACUGGUCUGCAUCCAUCCCGGACUUCCACUUCCACUACUUGACCACCACGCCUGAACAAGUUACCCGGAAUUACAUGGAGUUCAUCUACAAGACGUACCCCCUAGGCAGCUUCGACACACGCCCGCUUAACUUCUCUGAUGUCCAGGCGACGCUGUCAAUCCGAAGGUUCCUGCUCGACAAAAUUUUCCAGACCUUCCCCCAGCGCAAGUUCAUUCUUGUGGCUGAUACCACGAACUCGGACGUCAUGAAGGCAUAUCCCGCGAUGUACAAAGACUACCCGGGCCAAGUACAGUGCAUUCUGCUGCGCAACACCAGUGCUACCGACUCGGGCAAUCUGUUCCCCUACAAUACAGAGGGGUUCAAGGAUAUCCCCCAGAGCAACUACAUGUUUUUCACUGUACCGGACGACCUGACCAACCUGGACAUUGCCGGCGGUCAAUGCUACAACGCUACCAUCCCGCAGAAUGUUACUUUCAAGACGCAGGGGUUGCCAUUUGGAUGGGGCAACGCAGCCGGGUCACUUUCGCCGCCCGCCACGUGGGCAAUGGCCGUUGGUCUGUUUGCCAUGGGAAUGGUGGCUUCGCUGUAAUGCAGACAGGACUUUAGUGAGGACUUUAGUGAUGUGCUAUGGAUUUGGCGGUAGCAGCAAUUAGUUUUUUUUUUUCACGAUCAUGGAAAUAGCCUUACAUGCACACGAACUUCCUUUACGGCAAGGGCAGACAUGGUAUGGGGGGGGGUUCUGGCAUGAACCCUUUACAGUGCAGGGUAUCUCGCGAUGUGGCCACGGGCCAAACCGUUAUCGAGCUUACCUACCCUUGAUGAGUUGUGACCACAUGUAUGGCCGUUUUGAUUGGAUGACUACGUGCGCCUCUUUUCAGUUUUGAUGUUCAUUGGGGUUUGGGUUUCAUUGCCAAGCGUGGAGGAUUCAUCUGGGGUACUCUAGUAAAACAUAAUACCGGCCCGAUGAAAACCGACUCGGAGGCCGGGUAGGGAAGAGAGCGGGGUCGUACUUUCGGAGCACCUUUUCCGAGCGCCAGCGCCAGCGCCGCCGCCCGCGCCACGACGUCAGACUGCAGAUAUUAGCGGCCUUGUCUGAGUCAGCCACGAGGAAUACGAAUGUGGAUUGGUUGUAGAGGAGUGAGUGGGAGCAUAAUGUGUAGCUGUGCAGCUUUGAAAGGGAUGGCCUU